CCGGUGUCACCAGAAGAAAGACUCCUAAAAGCCGAGUGCCAAGUGUUGCUAUAAUAGGGCUGGAUUACUCACUGUGCUUAUUCAAAUUCCCGUUGACGCUGGCAGCGGGAGUUUUCCCGAAUAGCAACGAACAAUGAGUCAUCUCCAGGUGUUUAUAUUUGAAAGCGCGCUUUUUUUUUUUUGCCUUUUUUUUUUUUUUUAAAAAAUUUCAAAAAGAAACCGGUACGAAGCUCCCUCCGUGCCGCCCCCAGAGCAUCUCUCCUCCGCCCCGGCGCAGCCCCCGCCGAGUUCCCUGCCCGCCGCAGGACUUGAAGCCGCUCCUCCCCCUGCGGAGAGACACAGACGGAGAUUUUUUUUUUUUUUUUUUUUUUUUUUUGUUCCUGCUUCGAGCAGGCAGGGCCAAUCCGGGGGCCGCCCUGCCCGCACCGUGCCGCCGAGGCAGCCGCCGCCCCCCGCCCGGGCUGGUCCCCGUCCUCCCCCGCGGGAGAGGCGCAGGAUGCGCUGAGCAGCGCCGGGCGGGAACCCGCUCCACUGCGGGUUGGGAAGAUGAGGUGGCGGCUGCUUUCCCUUCCGUCUGACAGCCGAAUGAUUUGAUUUUUUUUUUUUUCUUCUCCCUCCAGAUUUUUCAUGAUCAACGCUGGGGGAACGGGGAAAUCUUGUGGCCACUGGCAUAUUUUUAUUUAAAAUUGCUGUCAGUGGACGUUUCCCCUUCUGCUCCGGCAUCGCUGUCCUGUUCACAGCUAUUAAGACUUAAGAAGCUUGAUUCUCUAAGGCUCGUAUCCAAGGGCAUCAGUCAUUAACACACUGAGCUACAUCUGCUUCUUGGCUAAGACUGAAGAAAGACAUCUUAAGCUGGAAAUCCUGCUUGCUCGCUCACUCACUCUAGUGCUUACGGAAGGGGAAGCAUAUGCAGCAGCAGGUUCCUUUUUUUUUUUUUUUUUCUAUUCCAAAAGGCUGCCUGACUUUGAAGAUGCGGUGACAAGAUAAUGGAGUGAAAGUCUCCCAUUUCCAGGGAAGAAAAUUACAGGAGUCAGCCAGAGAAAGGAAGGAGCAAGUUAAAUAACAGCAGAAAUAAGAAGGAGGACAGUGGUGAAGAACUGAAAAUAAAAUUAGAGGAAACAGGUGGAAGGCUGGCAUAAGGCUGGGAGAUAUUUUAGGCUGAAAGUGAUUUUUUUUUUUUAAUUGUUUUUAUUGUUGGUUUUAAAUUCUAAGCUGGUUUUGGAGAUCCCUGCAGUAAACCAGGCUGCUUUAGUGUAGACCAGCUUCCCCAACGUGUCCUUUUCCCUCUCCCUGCCUGCUGUCUCUGCUCUUGCUGCUGCUGACAGAAACGUGUUAGGAAAGCAGAAAGAGAAAAUGCCAGCCAUCCUGGUAGCCUCCAAAAUGAAAUCGGGACUACCUAAACCCGUACACAGCGCUGCUCCAAUCCUGCAUGUCCCAACGGCCAGGACCAUCCCACAGCCCUGUUACCUGAAGUUUGGGAACAAGGUGGAGGUGACGAAGCCAUUGUAUUCCAGCCAGAUUCCUCUCAAAUCUCCUAAUGGACAAGAAAACGCAGGAGAUGGACCCCUACCAAGGAAGAGUAGCUCAGUAGAAAAUGGAUUUGACACACAGAUUUAUACGGAUUGGGCUAAUCACUAUCUAGCAAAAUCUGGUCACAAGAGAUUGAUAAAGGAUCUACAGCAAGAUGUGACUGAUGGAGUCUUACUAGCUGAAAUAAUCCAGGUUGUAGCAAAUGAAAAGAUUGAAGACAUCAAUGGCUGCCCCAAAAAUAGAUCUCAAAUGAUUGAAAACAUAGAUGCGUGCCUGAGUUUCUUGGCUGCUAAGGGGAUCAACAUACAGGGGCUGUCAGCAGAAGAAAUCAGGAAUGGGAAUCUAAAGGCCAUCUUGGGCCUCUUCUUCAGUUUAUCUCGAUACAAGCAACAGCAACAGCAGCCACAGAAACAGCAACCACAACUCCAUCCAUCCCAGCAAGCGCCCCCAGUAUCCCAGCAAGGGGGUCCUCCAUCCCAGUGCCAGGUCGGGGUACCGCAGCAGCAGGUGCCAGCAUCGCUCCAGACUCCGUGCCAACAGCCCCCGCAAGCUGCGCAGCAUCAGUUCAAAGCACAACCAGAAAUGCAGUCCAGUGCAUCUCCCAGGGAUUCAUCUCAAAGCAAAAUCAUCCGAUUCACUCUUGGUCAGAAAAAGUCUUCUAGACUUCCAGGCCCCACCACGAGGGUGUCCGCUGCAGGCAGUGAGGCCAAAGCUCGUGGUUCUAUUAGUGCCAACAAUCGACGCAGCCAGAGCUUUAACAAUUACGACAAAUCUAAGCCUGGACUUCCCCCUCCAACAUCAACAAGUAGCAAUGACAAAGAGCCUGCAGACAGUACAGCCUCCCAGCCCACAGGAAUGAAUGAAAAUGUCUCAUCCUCAGUUCAAAGCUGCAGCAGUACUGUUAGUUGCAAUAACUCAUCAGCCAUCCCUCAGCCCAGCUCUGCUAUUAAACCCUGGCGCAGCAAGUCCCUUAGUGCGAAGCACACAGCUACGUCUUCCAUGUUAUCCGUAAAGCAGCCCGUAUCGGAGCCUCCAAAGCCACCGUCGGAAAUUACCAAAACAACUCCCAACGGUCAAAAAUCCAUGCUUGAAAAAUUAAAACUCUUCAAUAGCAAAGGAGGUUCCAAAGCAGGAGGGACAACGCUGGAGUGUCCGGGGUCUCGGGACAACAGUUGUGAAAAGCUAGAGGCGCUUCUCAGCUUUGAGGAAAGCGAAGAGAUUGAUGCUGCGAAUCAGAACGUGAACAAUCCGGGAUCGAUGUCCAGUAGUCCCAAAAUUGCACUCAAGGGCAUUGCACAAAGGACUUUUAGCCGGGCACUAACUAACAAGAAGAGUUCUCCAAAGGGUAAUGAGAAGGAUAAGGAGAAACAGAAAGAGAAAGAAAAGGAUAAAAGUAAAGACAUUGCAAAGAGAACAUCUAUCACGGAAAAGCUGGAUGUGAAAGAGGAACCAAAAGAAGAACAGACAGCACUAGCAACAACAGAGAUGCCAAAAAAGUCCUCCAAGAUCGCAAGCUUUAUCCCUAAAGGAGGAAAGCUGAAUAGUGCCAAGAAGGAGGCCUCUGCCCCUUCGCACAGUGGAAUACCAAAACCAGGAAUGAAAAACACCACAGGGAAAUCCUCAAGUGCCCCCGUUCCUGCAAAGGAAGGCGAGAGAAGCCGCAGCGGGAAAACCGGCUCGGGGCUCUCUCAUCAGAAGUCUCAGCUGGACAGCAGGCAUUCCAGCUCCUCGUCCAGCCUAGCCUCUUCAGAAGGAAAAGGCGUAGGAGGUCUCAACAGCAGCAGCAGCAGCCAAGCUGUCAACGGACCCGCCGCGACGACACACACCACAGGGAGCAAUACUGUGAGUGUUCAGCUACCUCAUCCCCAACAGCAAUACAGCCACCCGAACACUGCCACGGUAGCUCCCUUCAUGUACAGGUCUCAGACAGACAAUGAAGGGAACGUAACAGCCGAGGCCAGCACAGGAGGGGUCAGCAUGGAUUCUGCUCUUUAUGUCAAAACUGGACAGCCUGCUCUCGAAGACCUCUCAGGAGAGGAUCCAGAAACUCGGCGGUUGCGAACUGUGAAAAACAUUGCCGAUCUUCGACAGAACUUAGAGGAAACGAUGUCCAGUUUACGGGGAACCCAGGUCACUCACAGCACAUUGGAAACUACAUUUGACACCAAUGUCACUACCGAGAUAAGCGGCCGCAGCAUCCUCAGCUUGACGGGACGACCGACCCCGUUAUCGUGGAGACUGGGGCAGUCCAGCCCCCGCCUGCAGGCAGGCGAUGCUCCGUCGAUGGGAAAUGGGUAUCCUCCGCGCGGGAACGCCAGCCGCUUCAUCAACACGGAGUCGGGACGUUACAUGUAUUCGGCACCUUUGCGGAGGCAGCUAGCGUCCCGCGGUAGCAGUGUCUGCCACGUGGACAUCUCGGACAAGGGAAGUGAUGAAAUCGAUCUGGAAGGCAUCACCAUGGAUGCCACCGGCUAUAUGAGCGAUGGGGAUGUGCUGGGCAAGAAUAUCAGAGCUGAUGACAUCACGAGUGGGUAUAUGACCGAUGGUGGUCUGGGCCUCUACACUCGAAGGCUAAACCGGCUGCCUGAUGGCAUGGCUGCGGUGCGGGAGACCAUGCAGCGUAAUACUUCCCUGGGACUCGGAGAUGCUGACAGCUGGGAUGACAGCAGCUCUGUCAGCAGUGGGAUCAGUGACACCAUAGAUAACCUCAGUACUGAUGACAUUAACACUAGCUCCUCCAUCAGCUCCUAUGCCAACACACCUGCCUCCUCCCGCAAAAACUUAGACGCACAGACUGAUGCAGAAAAGCAUUCCCAGGUUGAGCGGAAUUCCUUGUGGUCCAGUGAUGAAGUCAAGAAAUCAGACGGAGGAUCCGAUAGCGGCAUAAAAAUGGAGCCAGGAUCUAAAUGGAGGCGGAAUCCCUCUGAUGUGUCGGAUGAAUCUGAUAAAAGCACUUCUGGUAGGAAGAACACUGUUAUUUCGCAGACGGGCUCCUGGCGACGGGGCAUGUCAGCUCAGGUUGGCAUUACCACACCAAGGACUAAACCUUCAACCACCUCAGGCACAUUAAAGACACCUGGAACAGGGAAAACUGAUGACGCCAAGGUAUCAGAAAAGGGUAGACUAUCUCCUAAAGCUGGACAUGUUAAACGUUCCCCAUCAGAUGCAGGACGCAGCAGUGGUGAUGAAUCCAAAAAGCUUCCCACAAGUAACUCUAGAACAACUGCUGCUAAUGCUAAUACAUUUGGAUUUAAGAAACAGAGCGGUUCAGCCGUAGGCAUGACUAUAAUCACUGCCAGUGGGGCAACUAUCACCAGUAGAUCGGCUACCCUGGGAAAAAUCCCAAAGUCAUCUGGACUCAUGGGUAGGACCACUGGUCGGAAGACUAGUGUCGAUGGCUCGCAGAACCAGGAUGAUGGCUACUUAGCACUUAGCGCCCGAACUAAUCUUCAGUAUCGUAGUUUACCCCGGCCCAGUAAAUCCAGUAGCAGAAGUGGAGCUGGGAAUAGAUCUAGCACAAGUAGCAUAGAUUCCAACAUAAGCAGCAAGUCAGCCGGGUUGCCUGUCCCUAAAAUGAGAGAGCCUGCCAAGGUAAUCCUUGGAAACUCUCUGCCAGGAUUAGUCAAUCAGACUGAUAAAGAGAAAGGGAUUUCGUCUGACAACGAAAGCGUGGCCUCAUGUAAUUCUGUUAAAGUGAACCCUGCAUCACAGACGGCUUCUAGCGGAGCUCAAAGUACUCACCAGCAAGGAGCCAAGUACCCCGAUGUGGCCUCUCCCACUUUGCGCAGACUUUUCGGUGGCAAGCCUAGUAAACAAGUUCCCAUCACAACAGCUGAAAACAUGAAAAAUUCAGUAGUCAUCUCCAAUCCUCACGCUACUAUGAACCAGCAGGGUAAUCUUGAUUCACCAUCUGGCAGCGGUAUGCUGAGCAGUGGGGGCAGCAGUCCUCUAUACAGUAAAAACACAGAUAUGAACCAAUCUCCACUAGCUUCUAGUCCCAGUUCAGCACAUUCAGCUCCUUCCAACAGUUUAACGUGGGGUACCAACGCAAGUAGCUCCUCUGCCGUUAGCAAGGAUGGCAUUGGAUAUCAGUCUGUCAGCAGUCUUCAUACCAGCUGUGAAUCCAUUGAUAUCUCUCUGAGCAGUGGAGGUGGGCUGAGCCAUAACUCCUCCAGUGGCUUGACUCCAGCCUCUAAAGAUGAUUCUCUGACUCCCUUUGUCCGAACCAACAGUGUUAAGACUACGUUGUCUGAAAGCCCUCUUUCUUCCCCUGCUGCUAGCCCCAAAUUCUGCCGAAAUACUUUGCCCAGGAGACAGGACAGCGACCCACAUCUUGAUAGGAACACUUUGCCUAAGAAGGGACUCAGAUAUACUCCAUCCUCCCAACUCCGUAAUCAAGAAGAUGCAAAAGAAUGGCUACGGUCCCAUUCAGCAGGAGGACUUCAGGAUACUGCUGGCAAUUCUCCAUUUUCAUCUGGAUCCAGCAUAACAUCACCCUCUGGAACUCGAUUUAACUUCUCACAGCUUGCAAGCCCAACCACUGCAGCCCAGAUGAGCCUGUCAAACCCAACCAUGCUACGGACCCACAGCCUUUCCAAUGCAGAUGGUCCUUAUGACCCUUAUAGUGAUACGCGCUUCAGGAACAGCUCGAUGUCCCUGGAUGAGAAAAGCAGAACGAUGAGCCGGUCUGGCUCUUUCCGCGAUGGCUUUGAAGAAGUGCAUGGUUCUUCUCUCUCUUUGGUGUCCAGCACAUCAUCUAUUUAUUCGACACCUGAAGAGAAGUGCCAGUCAGAGAUUCGCAAGCUACGAAGAGAGUUGGAUGCAUCCCAAGAAAAAGUGUCAGCUCUGACAACUCAGUUGACUGCCAAUGCUCACCUGGUGGCAGCAUUUGAGCAGAGCCUGGGGAACAUGACGAUCAGACUGCAGAGCCUGACAAUGACAGCGGAACAAAAGGACUCAGAACUGAACGAGUUAAGGAAGACGAUUGAACUCCUGAAGAAGCAAAAUGCUGCUGCCCAGGCUGCCAUCAAUGGAGUCAUCAACACACCUGAGCUCAAUUGCAAAGGACCUGGAGCUGCUCAACCCGCAGACCUGCGGAUCCGAAGGCAGCACUCUUCGGAUAGCGUCUCCAGUAUUAACAGUGCUACCAGUCACUCCAGCGUGGGAAGCAACAUCGAGAGUGACUCAAAGAAAAAGAAGAGGAAGAACUGGUUACGCAGCUCCUUCAAGCAAGCUUUUGGUAAAAAGAAAUCCCCCAAGUCAGCAUCUUCUCAUUCAGAUAUCGAGGAGAUGACUGAUUCUUCGUUACCGUCUUCACCAAAGCUACCACACCAUAACUCUACUGUUUCGACACCAUUGCUGAGAGCUUCCCACUCCAACUCUCUUAUUUCCGAAUGCACUGACAGCGAAGCUGAAACGGUCAUGCAGUUACGAAAUGAGCUAAGAGACAAGGAGAUGAAGUUGACUGAUAUUCGUCUAGAAGCCCUUAGCUCCGCUCAUCAGCUUGAUCAGCUUCGGGAGGCGAUGAACAGAAUGCAGAGUGAGAUUGAAAAAUUAAAAGCAGAAAACGAUCGGCUGAAAUCUGAAAACCAUGGCAGCUGUAGUAGGGCUCAGUCUCAGGUUUCAAUUUCGUCCUCUCCAAGACAUUCAGUGGGUCUCUCUCAACACAGUUUGAACCUCACGGAGUCGACCAGUCUCGACAUGCUGUUAGAUGACACUGGAGAUGGCUCUGCCCGGAAAGAAGGAGGCAGGCAUGUCAAAAUAGUUGUCAGCUUUCAGGAUGAGAUGAAAUGGAAGGAGGAUUUGAGGCCUCGCACCUUCCUCAUAGGCUGCAUUGGAGUCAGUGGCAAGACCAAAUGGGAUGUUCUGGAUGGGGUUGUAAGACGGUUGUUUAAGGAGUAUAUCAUUCACGUGGAUCCCGUGAGCCAGCUGGGUCUGAAUUCAGACAGCGUUCUGGGCUACAGCAUUGGAGAAAUCAAGCGCACGAAUAGUGCAGAGACACCUGAGCUGUUGCCCUGUGGCUAUCUAGUUGGAGAGAACAACACUAUUUCAGUUACCAUCAAAGGUAUCUGCGAGAACAGUUUGGACGGUCUGGUGUUUGAAUCACUGAUCCCAAAGCCUAUACUGCAGCGGUACGUCUCUCUCCUGAUGGAACAUAGACGGAUUAUCUUAUCUGGCCCCAGUGGCACUGGCAAAACAUACCUGGCCAACCGUCUGUCGGAGUACAUGGUCCUUAGAGAGGGCAGGGAGUUGGCCGACGGCAUUAUUGCCACCUUCAACGUGGACCAUAAAUCCAGUAAGGAGCUCCGCCAAUACCUGUCCAACCUAGCAGACCAGUGUAAUAGUGAAAAUAACGCUGUGGAUAUGCCUCUUGUAAUCAUUUUGGAUAAUUUGCAUCAUGUUAGCUCCCUUGGAGAGAUCUUUAAUGGACUUCUAAACUGCAAAUACCACAAAUGUCCGUAUAUUAUUGGCACAAUGAACCAAGCCACCUCCUCAACACCUAAUCUUCAACUUCACCAUAAUUUCAGAUGGGUGCUAUGUGCUAACCACACCGAGCCAGUCAAAGGCUUUCUUGGCCGUUUCUUGAGAAGAAAACUAAUUGAAACGGAGAUCAGUGGCAGGAUGAGAAAUGCAGAGCUUGUUAAAAUUAUUGACUGGAUUCCCAAGGUCUGGCAACAUCUGAACAAAUUCUUAGAGGCUCACAGCUCCUCUGAUGUUACUAUUGGUCCACGGCUCUUCCUCUCCUGUCCGAUAGAUGUAGACGGUUCUAGAGUUUGGUUUACUGACUUGUGGAACUACUCCAUCAUCCCGUAUCUUCUGGAGGCAGUUAGAGAAGGGCUACAGUUGUAUGGGAGGAGAGCGCCCUGGGAGGAUCCUGCCAAAUGGGUAAUGGACACCUACCCCUGGGCGGCCACCCCGCAGCACCACGAGUGGCCUCCUCUGCUACAGCUGCGGCCCGAAGACGUGGGCUUCGACGGCUACUCGAUGUCACGGGAAGGCUCCACCAGCAAACAAGUUCCAGUGAGUGAUGCCGAAGGAGAUCCUUUGGUAAGCUCUCGGUUUUUUAAAACAGCUUCGUUUCCCUUGUUUCUAGGGAUUAGAAACGGGAAUUACAAAGUAAAGGAUAGCCGAGGCGUGUUUAGAAGUCUUGGAAUGAGACGGCAACAUUUUUGGGGAAGUCAUCACGUCAGCUUGCGGAAUGCGUUCGCACAGAAAGCCCAUACAGUUUUGCAAGAAGCAGUGGGAGAAGCUUUUCAGGCUCAUUUGUUGAGGAUAUUUUGAGGAUUCAUUUUCUGAGGAGUGACUGGGGAUGUGUGUAAUAAACUUAAUUUCUACACUGUGGAAUUAAAUAUGUGAUCUUGUUAAACGUGCUUGAGUAACACAGUGGAACCAUUUCAUUUAGCCUGUUUUGCCACAAUCAGACAAUAGGCUUGUUGCUUUACUUCACGUGGUUUUUAGAGCUGUAUUCUUGACACCGUGACUGACGUGUAAUUUAUGAAUCAGAAAUACCAUACAAGCAUAUAGGGAAACAUUACCGUACAUUUGCAUAGAAUGUAUAAAUUGAGCUUGACGGUAACACUAAAUACGCAUUUUCUUCCAAUGGGAAACAGCUAUUGAAACUGCUGUGCAAACUAUGAAUGCCCUGAGGCUCUUCUCUUGAGGUGUAUGUUUUUCCAGACAGUUGGGAGUGUAGAACGUGCGUUACAGCUUUUACUAGCUCAUGUACACAUAUGCAAAUACCAAGCUAGAUAUCAGGACAUUUGGAUUUGCCUCUCUUGACUGAUCUGUCUGUAUUUCCAUGGGUCAGAGGAGGAGAAGGGUAAGAUGCUUGCAGAAUCCUGUCGGGUAUGGCUGUGGACUAAUCCCUUCAAUCUUCUCAUUUUCACCUUUUCACGCCUAACUUGCAUGCUGCUAUAACACGUUCUACAGUUAAUACCUCUUUUCAGAGACUCAGUAUUCGUUACCCUGACUGUCUCUUCCCUUCCUUUGUUACCCACUGGCAAAAUGAAUGCCACUGGAGCUUGCAUAUGGAGUUGAUAUUUUUUACCUCAGAAUACAAAUAAUCAUGAAUUCCUGUGCCUGUGCAGAUGAACAUGCUAAUGAGACUGCAAGAAGCAGCCAACUACUCAAGUCCCCAGAGUUACGACAGCGACUCUAACAGCAACAGCCAUCACGAUGACAUCCUCGAUUCGUCUCUGGAGUCGACGUUGUGAUCUUGCUCAACUAGAAACAGGUCGUUUCCAUUAUUGCUCUCCUACUUGGCAAGAACCCUGAUCACAGACUCAUGAGAAGAACGCGUUCCUGGGCUGGGAUCUCAGUAUUAGAGCUGCAAGAACAACAAGACACUUGGAGUCAGUCUUGAGCCUGGGUGCAGGCAACCCAAGCAACCUUUGUAUAGUUUUUCUUUUGACGAUAACGAGAACUGCACUAUUCCUUUGUUUUCUUCUGUUUAGUUGCUGUAAGCUCUCAUGCCUAAGAUACUGAAGAUGUUAAAAAUAAUCAUCAUUACUAAAAGUUGAAGGUGGGGGGGGACACACACUUCACAGCUUUGUGCCAUGUACUGUCCAGAAGGAGAGGGGAGAGGAAAUUUUUGCCUAUGCUGCUUCUGACCAAACACAUAUAGGUGAGGGCUGGACUUUUACCGAUCAGCUUUGUGGAUUCAACUCAGCUUCAUAUAGUUCUGGUGCUAUAAUAAUAUUGCUUGCCUCAGUAAUAAUACUCAGUAAAGGCAAAGCUGCAAAACAGGGAAGUUUGAAUAAAUAUUAAAAAAGAGAAAAGGAAAAAGAAAUAAAAAAAAAAAGAAGAAAAAGCGCUGCUCUCCUUGCCAGUCUGAGACCUUGGCUUGCUUUCAUUGUGUGUUUAUAAAGAUAUAUAUAUAAAUAGGAAUAUAUAAAAAUAUAUAUACAGUCUGAACAAAUCAGGUUUUUUCAAACACUGUGUAACAAUCAGCCCUAGUACAAGUGAAAGAUCAGGUAGCCCUUUGCUAGUCAGGGCCUGAUUCUCUUCCCACUUACAUCCAUGUAACCAACUCGGUUGACUUCAGUGGCAUUACACCCCAUUUAUUUACGCUGAUGAGAGCGAGUUUCCCUCCUCCUCCUCCUCCUCCUCCUCCUCCGCAGUCAGCGAAAGGGCCGUGCCCCGUGAAGUCCUCCAGCUCCAGAGGACCUUGGGCAGUGCGCAGGCAUUGAGCCCCGUACGCGGAGGUGAGCUACGCCCCUGAAAAAGGGAUUAAUCAGACUUUCAGUUUUUAAUUCUUGCCGUGAAAUGUUACAGCUGUUUUCUGACAACUUUGGGCUUUGUUCAGAGUUUUUGUUCCAAUCAGCACAACCAUAAAUGGGUUAAUUAAAACUCAGCUCUGUGACAGUUCCAGUGCUACUCUGGUGACAACAUUUACUUCCAUGACUUUUCUUUUAAAUUUCAAAAAAAAAAAAAAAAAAGGUAUUUCAGCAGUGUUCAGGUCUGGGGGGAAAAAAAAAAAAAAAAAAGGAGGGAAGGUACUGCGUCUUUUAAGUUUAGCCGGGCCAUGCUUUUGAGUUUUGGCAGAGCUGUGAACCUGGUUUUAUUUCUCCUCCUCUCUGAACGCGCACACCUACGCUGCCAGUGUUAAGGCUUGUACUUCUGCUGGGGACCAAGAACACCUCCCAGGGAACUGCCCUUUCCUUCGUACGGAAGCAAACGCUUACACCACCAUCACCACAACGUCAGCUGUACCUCAGCAAAAAAAAAAAAAAAGGUCACUCCUCGAUAUCGAUUUGUACUAGCCUUUCCAGCUAUCUUUUGGUGCUGCAUUUUAAAGCGAUGCCUUAUUUUGUACUAAUUGUGUUUUGAUUAAAUUAGUGCUGUAUAUUAUGGGAUUUUAUUUAAAGAAACAGGGCUAAAGUCAUCUCUCGGAAUAUCAUUGCUGUGAAUAUUGUUUAUAUGAGAUACUAGAAUUUGUUUAAAUGUGACAAAAAAGGAGGGAAAUGAGAGAACUUUUCAGGUUCAUACCAAUCCGCAGCUAAUAAAUCACUGAAGAGCUGUUUUAUCCAUGCAGGAGACAAAAAAAAAAAAAGCUUUUCAACUAUAAUAAAUGCUGUCAUUAAUAAAUUACAGGAAUAUGCUGGUUUUUCAGUGUACAGAGAGAAAACUUAUUGCAAACACUUUUUUAAGAGCUUGUGGGUUUAAUGUAAUGUAACAGACAAGUUCAUGCUUCUGUGACUCAGCUUGAGAGGAUCGGUUUAUUAUACCUCAUGACUUUCUGUAACAUAACUGUACUUUGUCUUACUGAGCUGGUCUUGAAUCUGCUCCUGUUACAACUUUUAAGUGCUGAUGACUUUUUUUUUUUUUUAAAGAAAAAUAUUGUAAAAGAAAAAUUUAAAUAUUUUAAUGAUGGGGGGGGGAAGAGCUUGGUGGUGUUACUGUUUUAACUUGAUGAACUCUAAUUCAUUAUUUCACUGAAUGAAAUACCAAGGGUUACUCAGCCAAUGUUCCUAAUCCAGUUCUUGGUACUGUAAAAACAGGAUAAAUCUGUAUGGAAUCAAAUACAUAGCAUGCUGAUGAUGAGUUUGAGAGAGGUUACUUUUUCCAGUAGUCUUGACAAUUCUGCUUCCCAGCACUGACUUUACCUGCUACUACUGUGAAUUUUGGUACCUAAUCCCCCAACUGAAUCCAUGCAGAUCGAGCAUGUGCCUGUAAAAAAAAAAAAAUCCAGUUGCAGGGCUAGGGCUUUAAAUGGACUUAAUAUCCUAGAAAAUGUCUCAGUUACCCUUUAACUGAGUGCUAUAAGACAUGUUUAAAAUGGUGUUUUAUUUGUGGGGAACGGGGUUUGGGUUUUUUUUUUUUUUUCUCAUUUUUAAUCCUGUGCUUAAGCUCAGGAAGGAUUUGCUGUUAUCUAUUAUUUUUUAUUGACACUAGCUUGGAUUACAGUGAGCGAGGCAAUUUCGAGUAGGCUAGUCAUUCUAAGCAUCACAAUAUUCAGUGUCUUUUCUGAAACUUCGGGAAGCAGGGUUACCUGUUGUGCACACGUCUUAGUUUUUAUCAAGACUUUUCAUAGAUUAAGUCUUUCUUUAAGUGACUUUGUUCUCAUUUAAGGCUUUUUCAAAAUGCUUCCUUUUUUUUUUCUUUUUUUUUUUGCCUUUUUUUCCUUACGAAGUUGGCUUGUUUAAAAAAAAAAACAAGAAAGAAAUGCAAGAUUCUAUGCAACAUUCAUGUUGAGUUAUAAAUUGAAAGUAUAAACCGUUUUCUUUCCUUCAGAACUGCCAAGAAUGAUACAGGCCAUAAAUGAGAUGUGGUUUAUUUGGGGAAAGGGAGGGAGGGGGGGUUGGUUAGCCUUUUUGUACAUUUUGGAAGAAGCAAACUGAUAUUUCAUUGUUGAUGCUUGACUUCGAUAUUAUGUGUAUGAAAACUUGUCUAAAUGUGGCAAUUUUCUUUCAAGAAAAAAAAUACAAAAACAAAGCAAAAAAAUCUUUCUUUGUUGAUAUUAAAUGGAAGGUUGCUGUUUUGAUCUAGUCGUUUCCAGUGGAACAGUUUAUGAAAUAUGUUCUAUAAGAUGUACAUUUUUUCAUUGUAACAUAGAAAUGUAAAUAUUUGAUUAAAAGUGCUGCAUUUUGAUGAAUUUUUUCUAGCCAUUUUUAAAGAGAAAAACUAGGAAUUGAGUAUUUUGUGUACGUUUAUGAUGUUUUCCAUUUGCUCCUCUCCCUAUUUAAUUUUCAGUUCUCAUUUAGGAUUGGAAUUUGUGAAUGGUCUGUUUGAGAUCAUGCGUCCCCUUUCUCACCCUCCCCGUUUCUCCCCCUUUCCCGCCCCCUGUGUCAUGGAGAAUAAAGCUGAUGAUUGUACCAGUCUUAAAUUAUUCAUGAUUCAAUAAAAUUGAUGCUUAUUUAUUCAGA